CGGGAGGUGGUGAAGGUGGCGAAGGUAGUGAUCUCGGCGUUCGUGAUGUGUCGUUUCACAACGAGUGACAUCCAAGAUCCAUCGUCAUGAAGUGAAAAGCAGCGAAGACCAGCCCUCGUUUCUCCGUGCUGUCUUCGACUGCUAGGAUCACCUGGAGACUUCUGGUCCUCGCCGCUUGGGAUCACUGGAAGUUCUGCCUUGUGCUUUGCCCUGGGCCUUUACAGGAGUCGCUCCUCGCGCACCCCGCUCUCGCCCCCGAGUGCUGGGCGUUGGCGCAGACGCGAUGUGGGCAAGUGCGGAGGUGACCGAAGUAGCCCCUUGGGUUGUGGCUGCCGCUGCGCUGGUGUCACUGGUGGGUGCGAUUCAGGGCCUACGACGAGGUGCUUUGAAGAAGGAGUUGUUGGAGCUCAUCAGCACCACCCAACGUGGCAGUGACGAGUCCCAAAACGCGGAGGUUCAGAGACUGUUCACCGACCUGGAAGGCUUGAGCCCCAUCAGCGAGCCUUUGUCGAGUGAUGAGUUGCGUGGUGACUGGGAGCUCGUGUGGACGACCAGCGCUGCCAUCUUGGGACUGGGACGACCGGGCUUCUUAAAGCCCCUCGAGGAUCAGCCCAUCCUUCAGUUCCUGGACCCCCAGGCUGGAGUGGCUCGGAAUUUGGAGUUCACACCUCUAGGGUGCAAUCGGGUGGAUGCCAGCAUUGUGCCUUUGGGGCCGGGACAGCGAGAGGCUUUUGUAAGUCGUCUCGACGACUUCCUUCUCUUCAAGCAGGGCGCGGAAGAGAAGCCUGGAGGAAGUUACCUUCCUCAGGCGGAGGGUCUCGAGAAGACGACGGUGGGCGUCCGCUUCAAGACCUUCACGUUGUUUGGGCUCAUCCCUGUCCCAGCCCCCGAGAACGCCACGGGCAUCCUACAGGUGACCUACUUGGACGAUGACCUUCGUCUCAGCCGAGGAGAUCGCGGGAAUCUCUUUGUCUUGAAGAAAGUGAGUUCCGAGCUGAGUGCCUGAUGAGUGGCAAAUCUGGAGAAGAAUCUUGGAGAUCUUUCUGGAAAUCACUGAAAUUUUUGGAAGUUCAGGGCCAAGUCCUUCCCACUCUGGUGGGUCCGCUUCCUGUCCGAAUGUGUCAGGGAGCACGUGUACGAAUUCCUAUUGGAUUUGAGCACGUGCACCGUCUGGCUGACGACUGCAUGCUUGUACGCAAGAUUUUCGGAGAUCAGACAAUCGCGUCUCCACAUUCCUGAACAGUGCUGACACCAUAAAAGUGAGUCGCAUUUCAUGGUGAUUUGAGAAGAUAUACCUGGAC